UACAGAGGGAGAGAGAGAGAGAGAGAGAGAGAGGCGAUCUUCAUUCCAUGGGUCUCUGGGACGGGCUCUACCGCGUCCUUAUGCGCCGGAACUCCGUCUACGUCACCUUCGUCGUCGCCGGUGCAUUCGCCGGAGAACGGGCAGUGGACUACGGACUUCACAAACUAUGGGAUUACAAUAAUGUUGGGAAAAAGUAUGAGGAUAUUCCAGUGUUGGGGCAAAGACAAUCAGAAUGAUUUCAUUCUCAAGCGCUGCUCUUUGAAAUUUUUGAGAUUAUUCUGAAUGUAGCAACAGUUGUGAAGCUUUUUUAUGCUAUAAUAAAACACUAAACAGCAUUUGUUCGAGUCGAGACUCAUGCUCUUUUUUUUGUUAAGACUCUUCAUUUGAAUGUUGAAAUCAAGGUUGAAAAGCAUGGGCAUCACUGAUUUUGCAUCUGCAGCUGUAUGCAAAACUUGACCAGGACAAACAACAUAUGCUGCUGGCU